UUCAGUUACAUUGAUUACUAGCAAGAAUGCUUACAACAAUUUCAAUUAUUAUGAUAAAAACGUGAAAACAUUUUAAGAAUGUAAUGAAAUAUCUCCUAUUCGUGAAUUUGUGAAUACAGAAAUGAGUGAUAAAAAAGUGCCACAAUUUUUUAUCCCAGCCUCUUAUAAAGGUCAUCAGUUGAGUCCAACACCUGCUUCAUCUAACAAUCAACGUUCACAAAAUACAAUUGGUGUCAGUGAUACACAGCGUCAACGAAAUCCUACAAAUCAACUAUCAACUGAAUUGAAUCAUAAUUCCCCUGGAGCGAAACAUGUUAAUGGAAAACCAGGAGGCCAAAACAAUUCCUUAUUAUUUCCUUCACCUACUGGAACAUUAGACUUGUCACAUUAUAAUUUUGUACCAACACAACCGGAUAAUAUUACUACAACGAUUACUACAACUACUACUAACAAUAAUAAUAAUAAUAAAGAUGCUAAGUCUAAACGAAUAAAUGGUGCAUUAUCCAGUAGUCAAGCGUCAGCAACAAACAAUCGAUUGAAUGAUACACUCAUUGAUAACAAUAUUAGCAAUAAUAAUGCAGAAUUUGUUGACUCAUCGCAAACAACGGAAAAGGGUGAAAAAGACAAAAAACGCAGACGAUUUCGUAGACCACGAAAAAAUAGUAAAUUAGACAAAUUGAUUCGCUUUCUUGAAGAUAAACGCGUUAAAGAUGAUGGUAAUAGUGAAGAGUUGGAAGAUUUACAAAUGCCAAAAUUAAGAAAAGUUUUAAAUAUCAUAUUUGUAACAUUAGGUGUUUGUUUUCUAUUGGCUGUGAUUAUCGUCAUACUGUAUACUACAUUUGCUGGUGAAACUGAUGCAUUAAAAGAUUUAUGCCAUCAUCGAAACAAGCCUUCUUCAUCUUGUGAUAACCAAACAGAUCUUGAUCAUUUAGAGGUUGAGGAGGAUGAUUCCACAGCACCAGGAAUUCCGCACACACAUAUCACAUCACAAAAUUCGCCAACACAAGAAGAUCUACAAAAGUUUCAUCUUAUGCACGCAUCACCGUCCGAAGUUGAUCUUUCCAACCCAACUUUAUCUCAGAAAUAUAAUAAUGUACCUGUAUUACAAAGUCCCUUAGAUGUUAGUAUUAGUCAGAUUGAUGGAUCAAAUGAAGGAGUAACACGAGGACCGCUACCACCUCCUCCACCAGAUCUGUAUUCAUAUAUUGAUACAUUUGAUGAUAUCUACUUUACACAUACAAAUAAUCAAGGGAAUUAUCCAUGGUCUCAUAAAGUAUAUAAUAAUGCUCCGAAAACAGAAUCAACAAAUAACUUUCCGGAUCAUGUUCAACAGCCGCCUCUGGAUAGUAAGCAGAAGAGUGAUGAGAAUACUGUUUGGUCUGAAUCAUGGAUUCCAACAGUACAGGAUAAAACAAAAAGUUACAGAACACAACUAGAUAAGAAAAAUUUAAAAAAAGUGUGAUGAACACUUUUAUUUUCAUCUUUUGCUCCUAUUCUCUGUCUAGAUAUUGAUAAAGUAUAAUGUGGUUUGAUAAUAUCUCAUUUUCUCAUAUUGUAAACAACACUACAGUUUUGUAAUUUAAUUAUAAAUUUACUCGAGAAAAAAUUUUUUUUAUAAGAAAAACAAAUCAUGCAGCAUUUAUUUAUGCAUAAUGUUCACACAAUUUAAUUUCAAAUUUUAAAAUUGUACUUUUGUACAUAAAGG